AUAAACGUUAGCUGUGUUUUAACACAGGCAGUUUUAUCGUUUAACCAAAUCAGUGUUUGAAAUAUGCUCUGUGAACACUUCACUUUUGUGAAAUGAUGGAUUUCCGCAGGUGGUCAGAUUGCCAUUCACAUGCAGUCUCCUGAUGGAAACCAGCUCUGGAGCCCUGGCCAGUCUCUGUGGAACCUGAUUGCUGAGCAUGUUCACAGGUCAGAGUUGCCAAAGAUCCAUACAGCACUGGGUCCCUCCCUGGUUGACAUGUACACAGAGGUGCACUCAGAGGCGGAGAUGUGGCACAAGAUGUGUCAGGAGAGCCAGCGAGGAAACAAUAGCAGCAGGGCAGGGACCCCACUCCCACGUCAGCAGGGGUCCCCUCUAGCUGACCCCCCUGCAGUCAAAGCGAUGGUGAGAGCCGAGGUCAAGAUGUUACUGCAGACUCUCAGAGAGAGAGCCAGCAGGGGAGGACGAGAUGAUGAUGAGCUCUUGUUUUGGUACAAACCUGAGACAGUGGACUACGCCCUAGGCCACCUUGACAGCUGUUACAGAAACUGUACCAACUAUAAAGAUAUUCAUAAUGGAAGACCAAGCUCUCACUGUUCUGUCCAGUCCAACGCUGAGGAUGAGAUUGAGUCAAUGAGCGACAAAUUGAAUGUCGCUGACAUUGACCAAGUGGUGGAUCGUCUCAAGUCUGUCCUUAUGGAGGAAUGUGAAGCAUUGAACAGACUGGUAAUGCAUUUCAAGGGAAAUAUCAAACAAAAGUGUCAGAGACAAUUUGAGAAAUCCGAACCCUCGCUUGCAGAGUUGAGAGAGCUUAGAGGAGCUGUACAAAUGGACUUGGAACUAUACCCCUCUUCGUUUGCUGCUUCACCGCCAGCUUCUUCCCCUCUCCCUCUGAAGUGGCUGAAAAACAAGUUCAGACUGUCAGCAGGACAAAGGGUUUCUGAUGAGACUCCGCAAGUUUUAAGCACUACAUCAGUCCUACGACCACAUCCACCUCCUCCUCUGUGGCAUACUAAACCCAGGCCACCACUCGGCGCUCCUCCCAGCAAGACCGCUUCAUCAGCUAAACUAAUUAACAGUUCUCCACUGCCUAGCACUUGUGGACAGCACAGAAGAACAACAUCCUCCUCUGGACCUAGAAAAACACAAAUGCCUACCGCCUCACUUCCAGGGCCCGGCAGUGACCAGAUAAUAGUUGAAACCACACACUGCUGCAGUCUUUCUCCAGAGCAAGAUAGUGCAUGUCUCCGCUGCAUGACCCCGACUUCUAAUACUGCUUUUCAAGCAAAAACUCCAAGAAAUUCACCCCUCUAUGAAACCCAUCUAUCAUCCAUUCGCAGCCCGAGCAGAAAGUGUGAUUUGUCACCAAAGAGGGAGAGAAAAGGCUGCUCUGCCUGGAAGUCAAGAAACGUCAAUAGUAUCCCUUCACCUGCUCUCAGCUCUCACUGUGAUGCAGGCAGUUACAGCAACAAUAAUACUGACCAUUCUGGGUCAACGACAGUGAAAUCAAACACACAGAAUAGUACCUGUGGAGGUAGUUUAGUGUCAACAACAGUGCAGACAGAUAGCGACAGAAGGAAGAGUACUGAGAGUUACUGUGUUGGCAGUGGGGAAAGCAACAUUGGAAUUGAUAUUAAUAAAUCUUGGGAAGGAUGUCGCCCAACAGCAAAGCCUAGUAGCCACUGUUUGACAGACCGCCUCUCACAUCAUCCAGAAAGCAGAGAUAUACAGGGGCAGGCCAAGUGCACCCAUCCAGCGUCCAUACGGAUAAAUGGGCAAUUCUUUACUUUCCCCAAAAGACCACCUGAGGGCACCACGAGUCAGCCAAAAAGUGCCAAAGAGGCCCAGCCGGAGCUGGGCGUUUAUAAACAACUUUUACCAGCUCCUCCUGCAAAAAGGGUUUUGACUUGAAGUCAGCCAAUAAUUUCACUGCUGUGUCUGGUUCCUCACAGGGUUUUCCCCCCCAUAAAGCAUGAAUUAAAAUAAAAUUGAGUUCUUGUGCUUGUAA